AUGGACGGCGCGCACAGAUUAUACGUCGGGAACAUCCCCUGGAGCACCACCGACGACGAGCUCCGCGCCCUGUUCGCGGAGUGCGACGGCGUCACCCGAGUGGAGAUCCCGACGGGACGCCAAGGCCGAUCGCGAGGGUACGGUCUCGUCGAGUUCGCGAGCGAACGCGAGGCGCGUGACGCGGUGAGCAAGGUGGACGGCGUCCCCAUGGGUGAUCGAACGAUCACCGUGCGCGAGGAUAAGGCGCCGACGAAGAGCGCGGGUGGAUCGAAGAAGAUGUCCGCGUCGACGCUGGGCGACGCCCCGGCUGGGGGCGACGGCUGCCGAUGCUACUUUGGAAACUUGGCGUGGGAAACGUCCGAGGAGACGUUGACGGGACACGCGGCGACUUUUGGCUUGAACGUUCUUCAGUGCGAGGUCGCGAGACAAAGCGGUGGCCGAUCGAAGGGUUGGGCGCUCGUUGAUUUCGCCACGCCGGAGGAGGCGCAAAACGCGAUCGAGCAAAUGCACAACUCUGAGAUUCAAGGUCGAUCCAUCAUCGUUCGCGUCGAGCGACCGGGCGCGGGACAAAAGAGCGCUCGCGUUGAGACGCGACCGGAGAACUCGAGCGGUUUGCAAAUCGUCGUUCGCAACCUGCCGUGGACGACCACGAGCGAAGAUCUCCGACAAGUGUUCCAGCAAGUCGGCAACGUCGUCAACGCCGUCGCGGUGUGCCACGCCGACACCGGUCGAUCCAAGGGCUGGGGUACGGUUUUGUUCGAGACUCGCGAACAAGCGCAAGCGGCGAUCCAAGGCUUCAACGGCGUCGAGCUCGAGCACCGACCGAUGCAAAUCAAGCUCGACCGCUACGACUAA